AUGCCUACCGCCAAGGGUCAGCUCUUCUGCGGCAUCCGGCCCCAGAACCAGCGCAGUGGUGCGAACCAGUACUUCUGGAAGAGCUGCCUCAGCUCACAGUCUCACAAUGUCAUCUGCAAAAAUAUGCUAAUUGGCGUUGGCGCCCCCUGCAAAAAGGCCGAUCGGGUGACAAUGUCCGUGCGAGAUCUCCUCGUCGUGAAGCUGGACGUUGUAUAUCAAGUUCCGCUGCCGCAGCAGCCCACGAACCACAGAGUCAAUGACUCCUGUGAUGGCAUCGUGGUGGCCCGGGCAGAUUUGCCGCUGUGGACCGGGCUGACUAGCCCCACAAUAUGCAGCGUUUCUCAGCAGCCUCGCCACCAGAAGGCUCUCGAUGAGGCUCUGCAGCUUGUAGUUCCACCCGCCGCCCUGGUGGAGGCGCUUCAGGCGGAGGUUCAGCUGCUGAGGAGCUGUCCCAAGGUGAAGGCUGAGGAGCACGGCACCAGCCGGGCUCGGCUGCUGCGCUCGGCAUCUUUGCCUUGCGGCGACGCAGAGGCGGCGGGGCGCUUGGCCUCGAAGCUGAGUCCUUCCCGGCGCCAGCCCAGUGAGAAAUCCGUGAGGAUCGUGGACGAGCCGUUCGAGGCGCAUCAAUCCUCACCGUCGAGCCCAAGAGGCGCGGGAGCGUUUACGACCGAAGAGGCGCCCAGUGAGGUGAAGGCAGAGACGGCGGUGGAGGCCCCAGUCUACGACCGGCCUCACGCCGAGCCCUUCAGGCAGUCUUCGAGUUCUGUGAAGGAGGUGCCAAAGCUGAGCCUCCCGAUCCCGGAGACCCGGAGUUUCCAAUCUCCGGAUGCGAAGUGGGGAAGCUCCCAGGGACUCGGUGAGAAGGAGAGCCCCAGCCGCCUUGGAACGUGGCCAGCGCCCGUGCUCGUUGCGUCGGCCUCGGCCUCAGCGUGCCAUACGCCGAGCUCGUGCUCUCCCAGGUAUGCCUCGUCACCGCCAAAGGUGCAGAGACAGGUCUUCCUGGAUGCGACAACAGGCUGGCCCCUGUCGGCGUCAGCGCCGCCGGCUGCGAGUCCUGUGGGGUACCCCUUCGCCAGGUCGCUCGGCAGCCUGCCAUCCCGGUCCCCGAUGUCCAGCUCUCCGGAGCGGGACUGGUACAGGCUCUCGGGGUCGCCCUCGCAGGCUUCCCUCACCCCACGGUCGGCAUUGCACCUGGGGUCUCCGUCCGCUCUUCCCCGAGCUCCGUUCGGAGAGUCUCCGUCCGCUCUGCCCCGAGCUCCGUUCGGAGAGUCGCACUUGCUUUCUCCACACUAUAGAGCAGAGGCCCGCCUGCUGUCGCCGCCGCGCGCGCCUCAGCUGAGACUCUCCUUCGAGCAGCAGUCGCUGGCCUUCCCGUCGCCACAGGUGGUGCCAGCAGAACCCAUUACGCAGGUGGAUGAGACAUUUCGGUCCCCGGCGCCCUGCUUGCGGGCCGACGUGCCAGCGAUGCCGCGGAGUCUAUGGCCAGAGGGCUACAGGUGA